CCUCUUUCCCCCACUAGUUCGACUACUCAGUUUGACUAUUCAUUCAGAGCAUAGAGAAAAGCAGAAUACAUGGCUCGACAAACCUCCGGGCCCUCGGAGGCAUCAAAGUAUCCUCCGACAGAGUUCAGCUUGAAAUAUGCCAAGGUUCUGGCUCCGAACGGGAAGCUAGUGAGCCCUGAAGAAUGUUUUGGUGAAGGUGGAUUAUAUAACAAGGAUGUUGAAGAAAAAACAAGGUUAGCGUUCAAGGUUACAAUGAAGAAACUAGAGAAGUAUAAUGUCGCGAGCGACAAGAAUAAAGAAAAUCUGAAAACAGCCAGAGUUGAUCAGGUGGUAGAAUGCUUCCCAAACACGUUGCUUAAGCUUCUACCAAACACUAUCUCAAAAACAAAAUGGUCAAAAAAAUCCAAGGAAAAUUUAAACAUUAAAAAGUGCAAUUUUGAAUUACGAAGGAGAGAAUCAUCGUAAUAUACU